AUGGAGACAACAAUGCCACAGACAAUGAUGACAAAGGCAACAUUGACGAAAACUAUUAUGCCACAUACAACAAUGACAAAGGCAACGACAAUGGAGACAACAAUGCCACCGACAACAAUGACAAAGGCAACAUUGAUGGGAACAAUUGUGCCACAGAAUACAGUGACAAAGGCAACGACAAUGGAGACAACAAUGCCACAGACAACAAUGACAAAGGCAACGAUGACGGAGACAACAAUGCCACCGACAACAAUGACAAAGGCAACAUUGACGGGAACAAUUGUGCCACAGAAUACAGUGACAAAGGCAACGACGACGAAGACAAUAAUGCCACAUACAACAAUGACAAAGGCAAUGACGACGGAGACAACAAUGCCACAGACAACAAUGACAAAGGCAACAUUGACGGAAACAAUUAUGCCACAGAAUACAGUGACAAAGGCAACGACAUUCAAGACAACAAUGACAAAGACAACGACGACGGAGACAACAAUGCCACAGACAAUGAUGACAAAGGCAACAUUGACAAAAACUGUUAUGCCGCAUACAACAAUGACAAAGGCAACGACGAUGGAGACAACAAUGCCACCGACAACAAUGACAAAGGCAACAACGACGGAGACAACAAUGCCACAGACAACAAUGACAAAGGCAACAUUGAUGGAAACAAUUAUGCCACAGAAUAAAGUGACAAAAGCAACGACGACGGAGACAACAAUGCCACCAACAAUAAUGACAAAGGCAACAACAAUGGAGACAACAAUGCCACAGACAAUGAUGACAAAGGCAACAUUGACGAAAACAAUUAUGCCACAUACAACAAUGAAAAAGACAAUGACGAUGGAGACAACAAUGCCACAUACAACAAUGACAAAGGCAACGACGAUGGAGACAACAAUGCCACAGAAAACAAUGACAAAAACAACAAUGACGGAGAAAAUUCCACAGACAAAAACAACAACUGCGGAGACAAUAAUGCCACAGACAAUGACAACAAUGACGGACGAGCCAAUGACAAAGACAACAAUGCCGCAAACAAGUAUUCCACAUCCAAACACUUUUCAAUCAACUUUAAUGUCAAUGAUAACUGAACGGUAUGCAGUAUCAACCUCACCCCGCCAAGAAUCAACGGACUACACCUUUUCAAUACCAAUGACCAGUAUCGCCGUGACAGGUACAUCUAAUUCAAAUUACUAUUAUGAGCACAUGAUGUAA